AUGCAUUCCACUCUGGCAAACUCUGCAGCGCUGCUGCUCGCUGCAGCCAUCCCCAUGGCCUCUGCCCAGACAUACACCUCCUGCAACCCGCUCGAUUCCACAUGUCCUUCGGACUCUGCUAUGGGCGCCUCUUUGAAUAGUGACUUCACUGCCGGUGCUGCCGAUGGCUGGACAGUGACUGCUGGUAGCAUUACAUACGACGGCUCCAAUGGCGCUGUCUUCACCAUCUCUGCAGAGGGCGAUGCUCCCACCAUUGAAACCACUGACUACUUCUUCUUCGGUACUGCCGAAGUCAAGAUGCAAGCCUCUCCCGGUACUGGUAUUGUUAGCAGUAUUGUGCUGGAAUCGGAUGAUCUGGAUGAGGUUGAUUGGGAAGCGCUAGGCGGGUACACCACCUACAUCGAGACCAACUACUUCGGCAAGGGCUAUACUGGCAGCUACAACCGUUCAACCAAUGCCGAUGUUAGCUCGCCACAGACAUCUUUCCACACAUACACUGUCAACUGGCAGAGGGACAGCAUCCAAUGGCUGAUUGAUGGCGCUGUGGUCCGUACAUUGACCGCCGAAGAGGCCGGAGACUACUUCCCCCAGACUCCCAUGCGCCUCAGAAUCGGUACCUGGGCUGGUGGUGACCCUAACAACGCCGAAGGUACCAUUGAGUGGGCCGGUGGUGUGACCAACUAUGCCGAUGGUCCCUUCACCGCAUACGUGCAAUCUGUGUCCAUCACCAAUGAGAACCCCGGAUCCUCGUACACAUACAACGGCAACAGUGGUUCUGCCGACAGCAUUGAGGUUAAUGGCGCCUACUCCGCAUCUACCACUUCGUCUGUUGCUCCCUCGACUACUUCAACUGUUGCCUCUACCACCUCCACUUCCUCCUCGUCUUCGACUACUUCCACCUCCACUUCUUCGACUUCUUCUGUCGUCACCACUUCAUCCGCUGCCGAGACCACCACGAGCAUCCCCCUGUCCACCUCUAGCUCUAGCUCCAGCUCCAGCUCCAGCUCUACUUCUUCCACUCCAUCAAGCACCACCACCACCACCACAACCCCUGCCGUUGUAUCCUCCACCACCUUCUCGUCUGUGGCUUCAAGCACUCCUACCAUUGUUGUACCUCCCCCAAUUGGCGUCAACACCACUUUGCCCAGCAACACCACCACUGCAACUGGUACCGGCUCUCCCUCUGGCAGCUCUACUCCUACUGCUACUCCAGCUCCCCAGGCUGGUAGCGCUAUGCCCACAGCUAGCGUGGCCAGCUCUGCGGUUGCUCUCUACUGCUUCCUCUUCGCCAUCGUCGCUUAUGCGUUGUAA